CUAAGUGGAAAUCAAGACGUCUGUCUUUCAAAGCUGGUGUCUGGUGUGUGAGCUUCCCCUGCCACCUGUCCUUCUCUGGAGGGAAGGUCCUUUUCCCUUGACUUUUUUCUUCUUUCUCCUCGACUUACGAGUAGGGCGAGGCUGCGAGGGCGAGGCUGGAGCCUCUGCCAGGGCAGCCGCCACCCGGAGACUCGAGAACCUGGUGGUGGCGGCAUCUCCGGCCUGGCCGGCAGCCUGGCAAAAUCAAACUCAGGUUUUCAUUUGAGUGAUGUCCACGCUCGUUACAGGAAGUUUCUUGAAAGGAAGAAACCCCACACGCAGAACUAUUUUUCUGUGGCCCUCGGGGCUUUUCCGCAAACAGGUGUGGUGCCGCACAUGACAUUGCACUUUCUCAGGCGCCAAGCACACCGACCACUGCUGUCUCAUUCCGUCAGUGAAGCCGCCAUGUUUUCUUACUCUUUCCCUGAAUGCCGGGCAAUUUCGCACAUUACAGAUGGCAUUACUGAACAUUUUCAUGUUUGACAGUGUUCACAUUUAGGAUGAUUUUCAUAAUGGGGUUUUUGGCCCAAGAACCCAGACACCGAGGUAAACGGGUGCGUGUGGACAGCGAGCGCUGCCGACCUGGGUGAGGGUCGGGGCCGCCCCCACGCUGGGGAGGUGAGGGAAGCCCGCAGACAGCCAUGCAGACCGUGCGGGACAUGGUGUCCGAGCUCUACCUGAGAGUGGGGCAGGGCUCAUCCUUAGCGCUCCAGGCUUCGCUGACACCCCCAGGAGGAGGGGGUGCUGCUGGUGCGCAGCUGGAUCCCACAGAGGUGUCAGCGCAGACACCCAGAGUGGUGGCUACAACGCCAUUCUAAAUAAAGCUUUUAAAGGCAUUCCAGAAGUUUCUCCUCCUCUCUGGACCGCCCCCACCCCCCCACCCCCCACCCCCCCCCCCACCCCCCCGCUUCCGCAGAUGGGGCUCCAGGCACCAUCUGGCUCCUCCCUUUCCGCAUGGUUUGACCCAGGGCUCUGGGGGCUCUGGCAAGCGGGGUUGUUUGCUCUCUGGGGCCUCCAGUCUCCCCCCCCCCAGCAGUGUUUGGUCCCACGGCCCCCGGCCGUGCGUGCCCCACCCCCACCCCGCGCCGGCUGGCCUUGCCUGGAGGGGACUGCUCUUCCUGCCUGUCCCAGACCUGCUGCUGACAACGCUUAUAGCCGCACAUUUGAGAACCGGCCCAGCACCAGGCACCCUGCGCUGCCAUAUCGGCCAGCCAGCUGUCCUCACUCAUCCACCCAGGCGGGGACCAAGGUGCCGAGAAGGGAAGGACCUGCCAGGCCCUUGGCAGCCGACCACAGUCCGCACCCAGGUGCCAGGGAGCUGGGGGAGUUCCAUGCCUUCAUUGUGUCAGAUCUGCGAGAGCUCCAGGGGCGGGCUGGCCAGAGCAUCCUGCUGCUGUGCAUUCAGAAUCCCUGGGGCCGGCGUUGCUGGCAGGGGCCCUGGAGAGAGGGGGGCGAAGGGUGGAGCCGGGUGGACCCAGCCGAUGAGUCUGAGUUGCUGUCCCAGCUGCAGGAAGGAGAGUUCUGGGUGGAGGAGGAAGAGUUCCUCCAGGAGUUUGACGAGGUCACCGUUGGCUUCCCGAUCACGGAGGCCGGCCACCUGCAGAGCCUCUACUCAGGAAAGGCGCUGUGCCACACUCAGGAGCUGCCUGGGGCCUGGGUCAAGGGGCAGUCGGCAGGAGGCUGUCGGAACAACAGCGGCUUUCCCAGCAACCCCAAGUUCUGGCUGCGGGUCUCAGAACCGAGCGAGGUGUUUGCCGCUGUCCUGCAGAGACCCAGGGUGUGCGCCGCGGGCCAGGCAGGCCGGGCUCGGGCUCCGGUGGGGGACAGGCUUGCCUCGAGGAGCCCGGCCAGCUUCCUGGGUGAGGACUACCAGGCUGUGGGCCUGCAUAUCUGGAAGGUGGAGAAGCGGCGGGUCAGCCUGCCCAGGGUCCUGUCCACGCCCCCCGUGGCCGGCACCGUGUGCCACGCCUAUGACCGGGAGGUCCACCUCCGCUGCGAACUCACACCAGGGUACUACCUGGCCGUGCCCAGCACCUUCCUGAAGGACGUGCCGGCGCAGUUUCUGCUGCGGGUCUUCUCUAGCGGGAGAGUCUCCCUCAGUGCCAUCAAGUCGGCGGCUGGGAGCCCUGCCCCUGGGGAGGCCCUGCCCGCGGGCGAGUGGGAGACCGUGCAGCUGCGGGGCUCCUGGAGAACCGGCCAGACAGCAGGGGGCAGUAGGAACUUUGCCUCCUACCCGAGCAACCCCUGCUUCCCCCUGUCGGUCCCUGAGGGCCCAGGCCCCCGCUGCGUCCGUGUCACCCUGCGUCAACACUGCCAGGACACCCAGUGCCACCCCAUCGGCUUCCACGUCUUCCAGGUUCCAGGGGCCGGGGGGAGCCAGGCUGCGCCCGGCCUGCUGCUCCAGGAGCCUGUGCUGAGCUGCGUGCCGCAUCGCUACGCCCAGGAAGUGAGCCGGCUCUGCCGCCUGCCAGCGGGGGCCUACCAGGUCGUGCCCUCCACCUACCUGCCGGACACGGAGGGGGCCUUCACGGUGACCAUCGCCACCAGGAUAGACAGGCGCUCCAUUCACAGCCAGGAGAGGCUGGGGCAGCUCCUUCAGGAGGCCUCCUUCAUGGCAGUUAGGAAAACCUAACUGGGUGACCCCCCGUGUCAGCUCUGGCGACUGAAGGUUCCAAGGGGCUCCCUCACCCGGUGCCACCAGCCUCAGCACCGCGGUGACCGCGCAUGCUCGCGGGUCCAGGCGAAGACCCCCCGCCCCGUGGGGCAAGUAGCCCGGGGCACAGCAGGUGCCGCGGGAAGGGCAGGGGAGACCGCACACAGGGCGUCUCUGUUCCACGCGGCUGGAGCUGCAGAGCUUCCCGGCGACCCUGCACAGCGUCUGCGCCUGGCCCCAGAGAGAGGCCCUACAGCAGACGAGAGCAUAGUAUGACAAAUCUUGUUUAGAACUAUUUAUGUGCAACGUUUUUAGGAAGUAACUUUAUAAAUAAACGUUGAGUACUGAACAGUUUACAGACGAGUC